UAGUCGACCCUCUGCUAACCAGGGAAUGGGAAAACACGUCUGUGUUCUCGAGAACUAUCCAAACAAGACAAACGUUAACUUUUGAAUCAUGUCUCAAGGCGGACCUAAUGUUAGGAUGCUCUCCAUUUGAUGGACACUGAGGCUGCGCCGAUUGAGUCUAUCCUAUACUUCUCUCCGUGUCUGUAACUGGCUGAAAUUAUGUUCCCAGAUAUUUUGGGUCUGAUAUUAUUGAGCACUAUGCGCACCGCAUCAUCUUUGGAGCUGCAGCUGGGCAUGCCAAAUGUUUGUGCUGACCAGGAGAUGUCCAUGUUGGGGGGUCGGGAGGGUGAAGAGAUGGGCUGUCUGCAUCGGGUGUGUGGUGCCAAUACAUGUUUCAACGGAGGCCAGUGUGCAAGGAAUGGAGACCAGAUAUGCCAGUGUCCACUAGGCUUCAAAGGGACGCGGUGCCAGUAUGAUGUUAACGAAUGUGAAGUAGAUGAAGGUGGCUGUGAGGGGUACUGUUGCAACACCAUCGGCAGCUACUACUGCAAGUGUCCUGAAGGCAGUCGGCUGGGGCCAGAUGGCAAAGCAUGUCACGAUGUUAAUGAGUGUGAAGAGCUGAAUGGAGGAUGCCAACAAACGUGUGUCGACACACCCGGCUCUUAUUACUGUGAGUGCAGCGAAGGCUUCCGCAUGCACGCUGAUGGUCGGACCUGCAUUGCUGUGAACUCUUGCUUGGUGUUGAAUGGUGGAUGUGAGCAUAAGUGUGUGGACAUGGGGAACAAUCACUACAAAUGUGACUGUCGAAAGAACUAUCAGCUGAAGAGAGAUGGGAGACACUGUGAAUCGAGAGACCCCUGUGAGGACAGGAAUGGAGGCUGCGCCCAGUUGUGUCUUGCCGAGGGCGGCCGGGUUCUCUGCAGCUGCCGGCCUGGUUUUACACUGGCUGGAGAUGGCAAGAACUGUGAAGACAUUGACGAGUGCAGUUCAGGCCAUGCCAAGUGUUCCCACAGCUGUGUCAACAUGCUGGGCUCCUUCAGCUGUGUGUGUCGUCCGGGAUUUGAACUUGGUGCUGAUGGCAAGCAGUGCUACCGUAUUGAGAUGGAGAUCGUCAACAGCUGUGAGAAGAACAAUGGAGGUUGCUCUCAUCACUGCGAGCACACCACCAACGGUCCGUUGUGCUCCUGCAACCACGGCUACCAGCUGGACCGGGACAGGAAGACCUGUGUAGAUAGUGAUGAGUGUGUCAGUGGAGAAUCCUGCUGCCGUCACUUCUGUAGAAAUUACCCAGGCGGCUACGAGUGCAGCUGCAGAGCUGGCCACAGACUGAAUCCAGAUGGCUGUGGCUGUGAUGACAUUGAUGAGUGCCUAGCGGAGACCUCGGGCUGUGAACACGACUGUGUCAACACCCUGGGUACAUAUGAAUGUUUUUGUGAACUGGGCUUCCGUUUGGAUCGGGACCAACACUCCUGCAUUUCUCUGUAUGACAGAGAAUUGGAAGAAGAAGAUGAGGAGGAGGAGGAGGAGGAAGAAACAGAUGAGCAGCUGGAGGCCCACAGAUUACCAGACCUGCUGUUCCGCAAGGCUCCUCAGCUCUUACAGUACACAGCAGCCUCGCACUCCCGUUAUGAGAGUGAUGAUGAUGGUAGCGAUGGUGGUGAUGGUGAAAAAGCAAUGGAGAUCCAAAGGGAGCGUCGAGGAGAGCUUAGACUGGACAGCAGCAUAGUGUGUCUAGAUGGCUCGUUUGGGGAUGACUGCAGUGUGAGCUGUGAAGACUGUGUGAAUGGAGUGUGUAGGGAAGACAGAGACCAAUGUGAAUGUUCAGCUGGAUGGACUGGAAUCAUCUGUAACAAGACUUGUCCACAGGGCACCUAUGGGCAGGCCUGCAGCAGCCUAUGCCGUUGUCAGAAUGGAGGCUCGUGUGACCCUGUAACGGGGAAGUGUUUGUGCCCCCCUGGGGUACGGGGCGUGCUCUGCGAGGAUGGUUGUCCAAGGGGUUAUUUUGGGAGGCACUGCAGAAGAAAGUGCCACUGUCCCAACAACGGACAUUGCCAUCAUUUGUAUGGAGGCUGUCUGUGCUCUCCGGGACUAUAUGGCCGCUUCUGCCACUUGUCUUGUCCCAGGUGGACGCAUGGUGCCGGCUGUUCCAAGGAAUGUGACUGUUUUCAAGAACAUUCCACUGGCUGCGACCCCAAAACAGGGAGCUGUUUCUGUAAGGCUGCAUAUCACGGCCCACAGUGUGAGAAAGAAUGUGUGCAUGGCUUCUUUGGUGCACUCUGUGAGAAGCAAUGUGACUGUCCAGGUGGAGGGCCAUGUGACCCCAGGACCGGAGAGUGCAGCCAGCAAUGUCCUGCAGGCUUUCAUGGAGAAAAAUGUCAGUUAGGCUGCCAAUCAUUGAGCUAUGGCGAGAACUGUCGUCUGACCUGCGACUGUGACGGAGCUCCUUGUGAUUCCGUAACCGGACAGUGCACUUGUCCUUCUGGAAAGACAGGACCCUCUUGUCAUGAAGACUGCCCUGAUGGAUUCUGGGGGUUGAUGUGCCAGUCAUCUUGUCCUAACUGUGAGAUUACAGGCUCCUGCAACAAGCAGACUGGUGUGUGUGACUGCAAACCGGGCUUCACUGGCAACCUCUGCCAAAGUGAGUGCCCCCCAGGUUUCCAUGGACCAGGCUGUUUGAUGCGCUGCUCAUGUCAUCCUGAGGCCACUUGUGACCCACAGACCGGACGCUGCAUCUGCCCUCCUGGCAAAAAAGGCCAUGACUGUGCAACAUCAUGUGAAUCCGGUCACUGGGGCCAAGACUGCCUCAUUAAAUGCCAGUGCAAAGAGAACUGCUUGGGCUGUGACCCGGUCACCGGUCAGUGUUCGUGUGAGGCCGGCUUCACUGGUGAACACUGUGAAAAGAAGUGUAUGGCUGGCAGUUAUGGGCAGAGGUGUGCCCAGCAGUGCCAGUGUCAGAAUGAGGCCCUCUGCGACCAUGUGAGUGGAGCCUGCACGUGUUCACCUGGAUAUGCUGGCACCUACUGUGAAAAAAUGUGCCCGGACGGCUUUUACGGUCUUGACUGUGGCCAGAUGUGCGAGUGCAGGAACGGUGCCCGCUGCCACCACAUCACAGGAGCUUGCCUAUGCACCGCCGGCUGGGCAGGACCACACUGCAUUCUGGAAUGCCCGGACGGUCAUUUUGGGGAGCAGUGCCGUCAGACCUGUGAGUGUCAGAAUGGAGCCAGGUGUGACCACGUCACUGGGCAAUGCAGCUGUGCAGCUGGCUGGACUGGAGUCAGCUGUCAACUGCCCUGUCCUGCAGGACAAUAUGGGGAACACUGUUCUGGUCAAUGUCUGUGUCGAAACAGAGGCUCUUGUGAUAGCAUGACUGGCCAGUGCUCCUGCCCGCCUGGCUGGACUGGAGCCACCUGUGAGUUAGAGUGUGAAGAAGGACGUUUUGGAGAGAACUGUACCCAGGCCUGCAGCUGUAUGAAUGGAGGGAAAUGUGACAGAGUGAUAGGGAGAUGUGUGUGUCUGCCUGGUUGGAUUGGAAAGCUCUGUCAGUCAGCCUGUUCUAAGGGAUUCUUUGGAGAUGGCUGUGAGCAGAGCUGCGACUGUGUCCAUAGUUCCAGUUGCCACCAUGUGACAGGCCUCUGUGAGUGCAAGCCAGGCUGGAGGGGAGCCAGGUGUGACAAACCCUGCCUUCCGGGGUCCUACGGUGCUUCCUGUGUCCAACAGUGUCAGUGCCAUGUUGGAGUGUCCUGUCACCAUGAGACGGGGAGUUGUGGCUGCCCAGCUGGACUCACAGGGCUUGGCUGUGCAAAACCCUGUCCUGCUGGCAUGUUUGGGCAAAACUGCAGCCAGCUGUGCCAAUGUUCAGGAGACCAAGAGCAGUGCCAUCCUGUGACUGGGAAAUGUAGCUGCUUACCUGGUUACUACGGGGCACGCUGCGAAAUACGAUGUCGGGCAGGGACCUUUGGGCCAAACUGCAAGUCCAGAUGCAGCUGCAUCAAUGGUGGUCGCUGUGACUUCAGGACUGGGACUUGCUACUGUCCUCCUGGCUUCAUUGGAGCUGACUGCAGCUCAAGUUGUCCAAGUGGGUACUUUGGGAAGGACUGUGCUAAGCUGUGCUCCUGUGGGGAAGGAGGGCAAUGCCACUCCGCAACUGGGAAGUGUGUUUGUCCCCCUGGUAGAAUAGGACAGUCCUGCCAACAAGCAUGUCCUAGGGGGCGCUACGGCCUGCAGUGCAGAAACACAUGCAGCUGUCAGAACGGGGGUCUGUGUGACCCCAUCGACGGGUCUUGCAAGUGUGGACUGGGCUGGAUCGGACGCCGCUGUGACACUGCAUGUUCACAGGGAAAAUACGGGGUUGAUUGUGUACAAGACUGUUCAUGCCUCAACAAUGGGACCUGUGACCGUUUUACUGGUACCUGCAACUGUACUGCUGGAUACUACGGCCACUCCUGUCAACACAGAUGCUCACUUGGGUUCUUUGGAGUGAACUGUGCCCAUACAUGUGACUGUAAAGUGGGGCACGCAUGUAACCAUGUGACAGGCCAAUGUGUGUGCCCACCUGGCUACUAUGGUCUCCAAUGCCAAAGACGGUGUGAAUCUGGCAAGUUUGGAUUAAACUGUGGACAGACAUGUGAGUGUGUUGGAGAUGCUCCGUGUGACCCAUCGAGCGGACAGUGCCUCUGUCCCCCAGGAAGCACGGGACAGAGAUGUGAAAAAGCCUGUGGUGGAGACCGUUUUGGCCCUGACUGUUCCCUGCCAUGUCAGUGUGCCCAUAGAGCCCGAUGUGAUGGGCUGAGUGGGCGAUGCCUGUGCCCACUCACCUGGCUGGGCCCCACAUGUAGUGAAGCACGUCUACACCAAAGCCCGGGACCGUUGAACCUUUCUGUGUCCCAAAGAAAGAGAAGAGCAGGCAGCAAAACCACAUAACCCAAGCAGAGGGGCAAACUCCUGACUGGAUGUUCAAACACGGGGGCUUGGUUCCAUUAAGCAUUACUCAGAUCAUCUUGGUAAAGGUGAUGUUAGUAAUAUCAUGUUUUUGUGAAACUGUCACUGCAUCAGUGAGCCUGGAGCUCAAGGUAAUCACCCAGUAGACCUGGCAUGUGAAGGGCCCUCAAAAGGACCAUAAACUCUAAACCCCCCCCCGAACUGUCUAAGAUUUAAAGUCCAGGGUUAAACAGGCUUAGUAAUACCCAUUAAUACCUAAAUCCCAUUUGUGACUAUUGCUGAUGGAAAGGGGUUCAUUUGCUUUUCAGUUUUGCAUGUAAUCUGCUGUUUGAACAAGACACGACUGAAUCUGAUACUUACUUGUCACUGGAGAGCCUUAAAAAAACAAUAUUUCCUAAUUUUUUUUAUGUGUGUCCACAAAUAACUGUCGCAGGUGAGCUACAAAAAUAUGGUCCAAUAGAAGCCAUAAAUAUUGAAGCAGGGGAUGUUUCAAAAUAAAAAUGACUUCUGGACAUAUUUUGAAAUAUAAAAACAUACUUGGCUUUAAAAGAUCAUUUACAACUAUGUCUGGUAUUUUUUUUUUUUUCCCAAAAUGGUCAAUUACAUACUGUUUUUCCAGAAGUCAAGAAUCUAUUAAUUGCAAUGAUGCAAAAAAACAGUGUUUGAAUCCCCAUUAAGACUUAGGGCCCUGUUUUAAUGAUCUAAGCGCACAGCGGGAAGCACAUGGCGUAGGUGCGUUUAGGGCAUGUCCAAAUCCAUUUUUGCUAGUUUGGCAGCGGAAAUAAGGGUCCGUGCGCCGGGCACAUGGUUCACAAGGGUUGUACUUAGUGUCUUCAUUAGUUCAUAGGUGUGUUUUGGGAAUAACAUGACAUAAACCAAUCAGAAUGUCAUCUCUCAUUCCCUUUAAAAGCCAGGCGUGUUUGUACCUUGGCGCAUUGUUAUGAUGGUGGUGGAUUUGAACCAUACUAUUUUUAUUUCUUCUUCUUAUUUCAUCUUUUGCAUGUGUGUGUGCUGCUGCUUUUCCCUAUGUGUGUGUGUGUGUGUGUGACAAGUAUAGUGUGCGUGCGCGGUGCAUAAGCCUAGGCGCAUUUUACUAAUUUGAUGUUUAAAUAACAAUGAAAUGCUGCGCUAUUGACUUUAGACCAGGUUUCUGUUGCAGUCAUUUACCACUGCCUCAAGAUAAGCAAAAAAAUAGGGAAUAAAGAAACUGUGUCGCCCUAGACACUUGCGUCAGGCUUUGCACUGCGCCGGGUGCAAGAUAGGACCCUUUAUGUACUUUACUUCCAUCAUGGAGAGGCAAAGCCCCUCCCCUUCCGAUGGACUGCCAUGGGACCCUAACUCUGAAAAAAUGUGAACGGUAGUAAAUGGGGCAAAACCAAUUAUUUUUGAUCCCCUUUGAAUUGAGCCAUGAAUAUAAUGUUCAUCAGUUUGAUAGAUAAUUUCGCAAGUCAAGGAAGGUUCAGUUUACUGUUAAACUGUCAAGUAUAACACUGUGAAAAUGUGUAAUUAGAAAGACUACAAACAGAUGGAUGAUGUCUCGUUGAAGCCACGGUAUCUGUGUGUAUCGUACCGGGGAUGUAACGA